AUGCCUGGCAGAUGCGCGUGGCAGCCGAGGCUGUGAACCAAGCAGCUCCCUUCUCCUGAUCUUCUCUCACAAGUUCUGACCACUUGUACACUAAGCUGAUCCUCUUUCUCACCGCACUGCACACAUGGACGCGAGCCAGGGCGUCCUCCUGUCCAGCUCCCUGGUCGGCGGCGCCAAGGGCUCCGCGUCAUGGCCGGAGCUGCUCGGCUCCGCGCACUGGGAGGGCCUCCUCGAUCCUCUCGAUCUCACGCUCCGCCGCCUCAUCCUGCUCUGCGGCGACCUCUGCCAGGUCACCUACGAUUCCUUCAACUCCGACACCCACUCCAAGUACUGUGGCAGCUGCCGCUACUCCAGGUCCACGCUCUUCGCCCGCACGCUGUUCCCGGCCGCCGCCGACAUCUUCCCGGCGGCGUACCUCUACGCAACCUCCCAGUCGUCGUUCCCGGGCGGUAUCAUGGUGUUCUCGCUCUCCCGCGAGGCGUGGAACAAGGAGUCCAACUGGAUCGGCUACGUCUCCGUGUCCACAGACGCCGCCGCGGCCGCCACGGGCCAGCGCGUCAUCUACGUCGCGUGGCGCGGCACCAUCCGGACGCUGGAGUGGGUCGACGUGCUCAAGCCGGAGCUCGUCUCGCCCGACGCCAUCCUGCCGGAAGGGGACCCGGCCCGCGGCCACGCUCGCGUGAUGGAGGGGUGGUACCUCAUCUACACCUCCAGCGACGAGCGGUCGCCCUUCUCCAAGUACAGCGCGCGGGAGCAGCUGCUCGCCGCGGUGCGCGAGCUGGUGGCCCGGUACAAGGGCGAGAGCCUCAGCAUCGUGUGCACCGGCCACAGCCUCGGCGCGUCGCUGGCCACGCUGUCCGCGUUCGACUUCGCGGUGAACGGCGUGUCCAGGGUCGGCGGCGCCGACAUCCCCGUCACGGCCAUCGUGUUCGGGAGCCCGCAGAUCGGGAACCCGGAGUUCAAGAAGAGGUUCGAGGAGCUGCCCAACCUGCGGGCGCUGCACGUCAGGAACAUGCCCGACGUGAUCCCGCUGUACCCGAGCGGCCUCCUGGGCUACGCAAACGCCGGCGACCUCCUGGCCGUGGACUCCAAGAAGUCACCGUACGUGAAGCACGACUCCACCAACGUCGGGGACUACCACAACCUGCAGGGCAUCCUGCACACGGUGGCGGGCUGGAACGGGAAGGACGGCGAGUUCAAGCUGCAGGUGCACCGCAGCGUGGCGCUGGUCAACAAGUCGUCCGCGUUCCUCACUGACGACAACCUCGUGCCGGAGUCGUGGUGGGUGGAGCGGAACAAGGGGAUGGUCAUCGGAGAAACCGGGCUGUGGCAGCUCGAACCGCCUGGCGAGGAGCCCGUACCCCCGUUCGUGACCGGGAAGGUCAUCGAUGACGACGACCAUGUCGCUGCCACCACCACCACUACUGCCACGGCUAGUAAGGAGACGAAGACACCGGUCAAGGAUAAGAAUCGGCUCGGGACUCAGCUUUUCUCGGCAUGCUUUAGAGGGGUCAAUCAGUCUGUCGAUAACUGAAUGGUUGAAUGUUUGGAGGAUAUUUGCUACUGUUGUAUCGGUUUGUGUUGGGACCUCUGUCGCGGUUCUGGAAGAACAACAACACUGUUGCGAAUUCCUCCUCUCCCUCCUUGCUUCGGAAGGAAAAAAAAUAGUGAGUGUCUUUAUCUUUCUUUUAUUA